AUGGUGGGUCGCGCAUUUCUGUGCUUCAUCGCGGUCAGCCUGUCGCAAGCUUCUACGAUAUUGGAUGAGCUUCUUGGUGCCUUCAAGAGCGAGAGUGGCCUCCUCUUCCGAGCCACACAGGAUUUCUCAAACUUCACGCAGUGGCCUCAGUCAGCAUGUGCUCUCAGAUGGGACUUGCCUCCAGCCCUCUACGUCGUGAAGGCGGAGACAGAGGUCACCGGCUUGGUAUUGCAGCCGAAGAUGCAAGUUGAGUGUGCCUACCCUGUCAACGGCAAUUCCGACUUUCGGAAGGAUGCGCAAGGCCAGAAAGACCUGUGUGGACAUACGGACAACCCUGCGGCAGGGCGCGAAGCGACCAACAUGAGCGGUGCUUGCAGCUUCGCCUCACCCAAAGACUAUGCCCAGGCAUAUUUCAACAGUCCUCAACGCCAUCUCCCUGGCUUCGAUGGCUUUUGGAACCUGAAUUACGCAACCUGCCAUUUCGGCACGGCCCCGGAAGCUCUGGAAGCCCAACAGGCCGUGUGGCAACUUGCAACGAAGCUGCCCCCUGCCACCACGGCUCAGCAAUGGCUUCGAAAUGCAUCCAAGGUGGGCUUUGCUCUAACCGCUUUCAACGAGGUCGUCGUGGCGCCAGUCCAGCCUGCAGAUGUUCGGGCCGUGUUCUGGGCACAUUCCGGCCCUUUCCGGGAUCCAGGCCCAAGCGACUGGAAAGCUUGCAUGCUGGCACAGUUCCUGAAGAGCAGCAGCACUUGGCCCAUCAUCGAAGUGGCCGACGUCAUCUUGGAGAGGCCGACCGCGAACUGCGAAAUCAAGUUCGACAUGUCCCACUUGGGCUAUUAUGCCACAAACGCAAGCUGCCUCACCGGAUAUGUGGAGGCCAUGAAAAGUCUGGAGCAGCAGGGGCCAGCGCAAGCAGCUCGCAUCUUUCGAGAGCUAGAGGCCUCUAGCUUCCUUAAGGCCACGGAGAAAGUCUGUGCUUCAGAAAUUGUGGUUUGA